GUCACGACGAUUUUUGCUAUGGCGAAAGCUCAGGCAAAAGCUCUGUACGAUUUUGAAAGCGGGGGCCCCGGUGAGCUGUCGUUCAAUGCCGACGACAUUUUAACCAUACUAAGACAGGAUGUGGGCGCAGGCUGGUGGGAAGCGAUCAACAACAGGGGUGAAACUGGUCUCGUGCCUCAAUCUUAUUUCGAUGUCAUAUCAUACAAAGAGCCAACCAUGCCUCCUCCUCUGCCUCCAGCCAAUACAAAACCAACCUGGGGAGGCGUGGCCACAAAGCCAAAUCGACCAAUCACAUCGCAGCACAGUUUGCACCCCCCACAGCAGCAGCAAAUACAACAACAAUCGCAGAUUAAUAAUGCUCAAGAUGAUUAUGAUGACGAUUGGGACGAUGAUGACGACUCUUCUACUACUACUGAACAAGAGCAAAACAGUGUUGAAACGAAUGGAACGAGGGGUGUGAGAAAUUCGGACGACAAGGGCAAGCCCUCGGUCAAAGUUUCCGCCUUUAGUAGGUUUUCAAGUUUUGUGAAAUCAGGUGGUGAGGCCUACCUUUUCGAGAACCAAAAAGAACUAUCAGAGUCAGAAAAAAUGUUUGCUGUCAUUGAAACAAUGGAUGGUCCAGCCUGGCAAUCCUUAGAUGUGCCCUACUCAUGUUCCAUUACGUCCCCAAAAAAAGAGUCUAAAUUUCACGGGAUCAAAACUUUCAUUGCCUACCAACUCACACCUUCCUUCAGCAACAUCCAGGUCAGUAGGAGGUACAAGCAUUUUGAUUGGCUGCAGCAAAGGCUGGUUGUCAAAUUUUCGACCAUUCCCAUACCGCCCUUGCCCGAGAAGCAAAUUUCAGGUAGAUUCGAGGAGGAUUUUGUGACUCAGCGAUUGAGACAACUGCAGAUGUGGAUCGAUCGAAUGUGCCAGCACCCCGUCAUUGCCAAAUCCGAAGUUUUCUUACAUUUCCUAACCUGCACUGACGAAAAGAAAUGGAAAAUCGGUAAAAGGCAAGCGGAAAAGGAUGAUUUAUGUGGCGCCAUGUUUUUCAGAGCUGUCAAAGUACCUCAGUUUCCGUCGCUGGAUAGUAAACAGGCAGAUAUGAGUAUUGAGAAAUUUGGGAAGUUUGUGAAAAGUCUUGACGAUAGUCUCAGGCACCUGACGGCCAUAUCAGAGAGUAAUGUGAAGAAGCAUAUUGGACCUUUCAAGAAGGAGUUUCAAAAGCUCGGCGGAUCAUUCACUGCACUGGCUAAAUCAUUUGAGUACGACGAGCGGCCAGCCAGUCUAGGCCUGACGAAGGCCAUCGAGCAUACAGGCCGAACGUAUGAUGAAAUUGGCGAACUUUUUGCUAAGCAGCCGCAGAACGAUAUGUUGUAUCUGUUGGAAGGUUUGCAUUCGUACAAGGGCCUCCUAUCCACCGUGCCUGAUACACUCAUGAUACAUAAGUCCGCUCAGACCAAAAUACAAGACCAGUCCUCUAAACUGACCUCUGCUGAACUGCAGAAGGUUCAGAAUAGGGCUGACGUCAUAUCGUACGCCAUCUUGGCAGACGUCGAACACUUGCAGAGAUAUCGGGUUCAUGAUUUCGCUAACUAUAUGAGGGCGUAUCUGGGCGGCCAGAUUGAAUUCUACAAACAGAUAACGCAAAAAUUAGAAGAAUCGUUAAAGCAAUACCCAAAUGAUACGUGAUGGUGACGACGACGACGAUGAUGGCGGUUAUGAGGAUGAUGAUGAUGAUGGUUAUGGUGACAGGCCGUCGUAAUAGUGAUGAAAGAUUUUUUUUGUCCUUUUAUUGUGUUUAUUACUUACCUAUCUAUCUAUUCAUUCAUUUAUUCAAUCAUUCAUUCAUUUAUUCAAUCAUUCAUUCAUUUAUUCAAUCAUUCAUUCAUUUAUUCAAUCAUUCAUUCACUCAUUCAAUCAUCAGUACUCAACUUUGGUUGUGUAAAAAAUUGCAGACAAUGACAACUUUUGUUCAUUGUUACUAAUUAUUAUUAUUAUUAUUAUUUAAAUUAUGAAGGAUAUGAUAAUGAUGUUUUGCUUGAUGACCUUGUUGAACUUUGACGAUUAUGAUGAUGAUAACUCAAUAAUGAUGAUGAUGAUUAUGAUGAUGGUGGUGACAAUCAUUUGUAAUCAUUGAGAUAUUUAUUCAAUCGUUUAGUUCAUCCGUUUAUUUAAAUAGCUUUGAUUGAUUGAUUGAUUGAUUGAUUGAUUGAUUGAUUGAUUGAUUGAUUGAUAUUAAUAUCAAUAAUAUUUUUUAUAUAAGUGUUUAAUUUAUUUAUUUAUAUAUAUAUAUAUAUACGCAUACACUUGUUACAUUGUUAAUUAGCCUUUUAAAACCAUAUAAAAAUGUAAUAAGUGAAAUAUAAUUAUUGAAAAUUUUUAGAUAUUAUCAAUUUCGCUACUAUAUUCUUAUUUAUUUAAAUUAAAUUUAUUUUAGACACGUCUAUGUACAUGUCUGUCUGUCUGUCUAUGCGUGUCUGUCUGUCUAUGUAUUACUGCAAUGCAUAUUUUUCUGUAGAGCCGUGUAUGUCUCUCAGCAGAGUAUGUUUGUCUAUGUAUGUCUAAGUUUAAGACUAUCUGCCUACGCAUGUGUAUCCGUCUAUGUAUGUCCGUCUAAAGACUAUAAUCGUCUGUAGUCUUGUGUAUAUUAGACUCCUCUAUCUGUAUGUCUAACUGACUAUAUGUUUAAGUACGCCUGUCUAAUUCUGUUGGUCUAUAGUCUGUGUUGGCCUAUAGUCUUACUGUCUGUCUGACUCUGUUCAUUUAUUUUAUAACGAUUUAUUUAUUUGUAACUUUUAUUUACGCAUUUAUUUAUUAAUUAUUAAAAAUAUUAUUUUACGUUACAUAUUUUCCUAUGUAAAUAAUAAAACGUCUAUCUGUGUACACUUGAA